AUGAUCAUCAGAGAUGUCAGGCGCGUGGCCAUGGUGCUCGUGCCCGUCUUCAUUCUCCUGUACGGCAGCUUCAUCCUGCUGAACGAUAAGACAUUCCGGUCGGCCAGCACGACAGCAUCCUGGCUAGGACACUCGGCCAAGAAGAUCAUCAAGGGUGCCGGCGGCGAGGGCGGCAGCAGCGACAGCAAGGACUAUGUGCUGACCUCGUCGCCCGAAUACCACGAGCUGUCUGCCAUAUCGACCCCCGACGGGAGCUUCUUCGCCGUCGACAUGAUGCCCCGCCACGCCAUCAACCCCAACAUCAUACCUCACCCUCGGCUGAUGGACACGUGGAUCGUGGUGGCGCAGAGCGUCCGCGAGGACAACCUGGCCGCCUUCGUGGAGCUUGUGUGCAACGCGGCCUUCCGCGACGGCGCCCUGCGCUGCCUACAACCGGCGGCGCCGCUGCCCAUCCGGCCCACGCAGGGCGGCCACCACUGCCAGGGGGACCUGGCGUACUUCAACCUCAAUGUCGGGCCUCACGAUGCCCGCGUCCUCGUCGGGCCGAAGAGGCCGUUUGUCGUCUUCGGGUCGAACUCAGUAUACACCUGCUUCGGCCAGUUCAUCCAGGACCUCGACGCGCUGGUGGAGCACGAGUGGGGGGGUGUCACCGGCGGCGACGGCGGCGACUACCGCGUGGCCACGGAGCUGCAGAGGCCGGGGCCGUGGAACUCGGUCGAGAAGAACUGGUUCCCCUUCUGGGACUCCAAGGACGAGCUGUACGUGCACUACGACAUCAGCCCAUCCCGGGCCUUUGCCCGGGUCUACCCCGACGGCUCGGCGGGGCCGAACCUGGCGGUCCUGUCGGCCGCAUCCGACGCAGCCUGCAUGCGGCGGUACAUGCCCGCCCUGGGCGAUGCGGCGCAGGGGGAGCCCCGGUCCCGGUCCCGAUCCCAGUCGCUCCACCAGGCGACCAACUCGCUGCGCGUCACAAUGUGCGAACGGCGGGGCAGCCCCUGCACACCCGACGACGACAACACGUACAUCUUCGCAAUCUACCAGCACAAGACCUUCCACAACCUCCACGCCGUGUACGAGCCUUUUGUCCUCAUGUUCAGGCAGGUCCCGCCCUUUGACAUGGUUGCCAUGUCGCGCACCCCGCUCUGGAUACGCGGCCGCCACAUGAAUGCUGCCCGCGAGGUGUCCGAGAUGCUGUACGUCACCUCGAUCAGCUGGAAAUCCGGCAGCGGCACCGGUGGCGGCAACGGGGUUGCCGACGGUAACGGAUACCACGGGUACCUCGACGACGAGAUGUUCAUCGCCUUCGGCAUAGAGGACGAGAGGACCGGGGCUAUCGACGUCCUGGCCAAGGAUGUCCUGGGUGAUAUCGCGCUCUGUGGACUGUAG